AUGAAUGUACAGUGGAUGCUUGAAUCUCGUGGGCUCUUUUCCGAUAUUCCUCCGGAUGCCCGGACCAAGGAGCAAAAUAAUCCCACUCUGCUCGUGAGCUGGUGGGCUACGGCUUUUUCAGUAGCCAUCAUUGUUGUCCGGGUUUGCGGUCGCUAUAUUCGGACUGAGCGUUUCUUCCGCGAAGAUAAGGUGAUGAUGGCGAGUGUCAUCCCGUUAUUAAUCCGCAUGGCAUGCGUGCAUGUCGUUCUAAUCUGGGGUACCAAUAAUACCAAGACCGUAGGCUUGUCUGCCGAAGAUAUUGAUCAUCGAGUCAUUGGCAGUAAAUUCGUUCUUGUGGCGCGCAUCUUCUAUGCUAUCUUCAUCUGGAUAGCCAAGUUCACAGUAUGCGAGUUCCUCAAGCGAGUGGCAGGCAAGAUCUGGCGACGAUCCCUCCGAAUAUUCCUCAAAUUCAUCUACUACUUCCUGGCAUCGACAUUGUUGGCAGUGAUUAUUGCUACUCUGGCUGAAUGCCAGCCCUUCGACCAUUACUGGCAAGUUGUACCGGACCCAGGUCCAAAAUGUCGCCUCGGCUAUGCCAACCUGAUCACAAUGGGAUCCUGCGACGUGAUGACCGAUCUGCUCCUAGUCUCCUUCCCGAUUCCCUUCAUCGUGAUGACUCACAUGCCUCUGAAACGCAAAGUCUCCCUUGUGAUCCUCUUCGCUCUGUCUUUGAUUCUAGUCGGAAUCACAUGCUAUCGAGUGCCCUCUGUCAUCUGGAACGAUGGCUCGCAGCAAUACCGAUCGCUCGUCGCGUCUUUGGAAAUUUUAGCCGCCACGGCGGUCUCAAACGCGGUCAUAAUAGGUUCAUUUGUGCGUGACAGGGGCGCCAAGAAGAACAAGUUCAAGAAGGCUCAAGGCUCAGCCUCCGUCAGCGAAAGCAUGGAUCACAGCUCCGUGCGUCGUCAAACAAUCACCCACCACCAAUGGGGAAGUGAUUCAGAUCUCGCUGCAGACCUGGGCAUCCGACUGGACCCAUCCCUAUGCUCUGCAGACGCGAAAACACCCCGUCCUGCGCCCAUUGCGAUGCCCAUCCAUCCACUGACAGCCCGCGCCGGCACCUUAGACCCCAACUGGUCCUUCAACCAGCGCUCCGGCGGCAGUGAAGACGACCGGGCCUCCAGCACGGGCAGCUUAGAUAUCAAAGUCAGUCCGCACGAGUACAUCGAAACCAACAAGACACCGCGCAAAUCCUCCUCGACAGAUACCACCAACCUCCGUAUCUUUGACGUCGGUAGUCUUCUCAACAAUCCUACCCCGACCUCUCCCACCAGUGCUCCAACUCCACAAUAUUCACGCUAUGCCAGCAGGGCAAGCAACGCCUCCACGCAGGACAUUGGAGGAUCAGCCCGAACACUUCAUCUCAAUACUACCUCCUCAUCCAUCCCGUCCCACCAACUCCCUUUACCCUCAUCACCCAACUUCUCCCGCCCUGGAGGCCUGCGCAGUAACUCCCAUUCGUCUUCCAAUCGCCGUCGCGGCUCCAGUGUUCACUUCAGUGAUCCUCCGGAAUCACCGGUCCCUUCCUAUCGCUCGCAGGCUGAUGUGUCAGCGCCUAUCAUUGAAGGGAACGAGGUUGAGCUUCAGGAUGUGGGGAGAUUGCUUUCCAGACGGUGA